AUGAAAGAUGUUGUUCUGAGUCUCCCACCUCCAGGUGGACCACCAAGAGGGGUUGAGUAUGAAAAAGCUUUCUCAUCCAAGUAUCUGCAGAACUGGUCUCCUAGCAAGUCAUCAAAAGAGAGCAUCUCUUCCCAUGAAGGCUAUACUCAGAUUAUCACCAAUGAUAGGAGUCACCUGUUACCUUUGGUGCCCCAUUCCAAGGCAAGUCCUUGGGGUUCCUUCAUGGGCACCUGGCAAAUGCUUCUGAAGAUACCUCCUGCUUGGGUGACUCUGACCUCCCAUACCAUGGCUAGUGCUGCCUCCCUCACCAAAUGGAUACAGAAAAAUCCAGAUCUGCUGAAGGCCUCCAAUGGACUAUGUCCUGAAACCUUAGGCAAGCUUCAUGAUGCAGACAGCCGGAAGAAACUCGGGGAGAAGGCUAUGACAAAGACUGAGCAGCAAGCACCAAAGAGAACCAGCACCCCAAACUCACCAGCCACAAGCUGCAGUUUCCAUGAACAACUGCAAAGCCCACCCCCUGCUGCAGGUCCCACUCCAGCUCUCCAAAAUCCACCUGCCUCUCCUAACAGCUCCCCUGGGAGCCCGUGUUCACUGGAAUGCUGGCAAGGUCCCACUCUGACCCAGAGUCCCAAAUGCAAACCUGGGGCUUCAGAAGAGAAUCAAGGCCAUGCUGAGAAGGAAAACUUAACUAAAGAUUGA